AUGCUUGUCGAGGCUUCUGUGAGUCUUGGUCACUGCCCAGCAUCAUGCUGGGGUUCAAGCGACACCCUGUUACAUCGCUGGGACAAUGCUGCAAUAUCAUGGAAGCGGAGGAUUACACCAUUGUUUGAAGAUAAUCAUGUUAUGGAGAAUAAUCACUCUUCUUGUACAAAAACGCCAAUUUGGCAAAAUUGUGUCCACUGUCCAAAUUUGCUUUUCACAACAGCAUUGGAAUUCGAAAGGCAUAUACAAGAUAAGCAUAGUGUGAAAGAUGGCUCAAUGAUAUUAUGCCAAUAUGGAUCAAAUGGUAUCUGUUCUGCACUGCAGUUUGGUGAUCUGAGAAAGGCUGGAUUUAAGUACCAUGUGAGACAACAUCAUUUGUAUCAUACAAAUGAAUCUGAGAACUGGGAUUUCUACUCAUCAUCUCAAAAUUUACCAGCUGUUUUAAAUGACCCUAAUAGAGGCAAACAAAGUAAUUUCUUUACUAAAACCUGGGGAGAUAGUUUUAUAGAUAAAAUUGAUAUACAUCCUAGUCCAUAUCUACCAGAAAUUACAGUAUUACAUUUUGAAACUUAUUGUAAAAGAAUUUCCAAGAGAUAUAGAAGGCAUUGUCAAUUAAAAGAUAAUGUUCCAAUCAAAGCAAAAACUCCAGUCAUUGACAAUAGUUGUGACGUUCCAAGUAUAUUUUAUGAGCAGUCUUUGACAUUAAAUGAUCCAAAGAUUUUUCUCAAAGUAUUUCCUGGGCUUUCUAAUUCACAAGAUUUAAACUCAGUAAUAAGAAGUCUUCAAGAAACAUUGAGUACUUAUCUAGAUGUGAUUGAGAUGAAAAUUUCCAAACAAGUUGCUCAGAAAUCAGAUGCCUUUUUUCAUGCUAUGUUAUCUCAUGACACAAUUAUGGAUCAAAUGGCCCGAGCCAUUAAAACAGUCCAGGUUACCAGAACACAAAUUAUUGGAGUGAAGCAAAAUUUAACCUUAAGUCCUUUGAAAUUGAUUAGCCUCACAAGAAUUAGUCAUAAUUUAAGUGAUGUCCAUGAGUUACUAAAAUUAAUGGGUACGGUUCAACAAACCCAACCAAUGAUUCAACUUUUAUUAAGUACAUCUGAUUACGUAGCUGCUUUAGACCUAAUAGGUUCUACACAGAAAGUUUUAUCCACAAGACUGUCAGGUAUUCAAGCAUUUCGUCACCUGUCACCACAGUUAUCUGAAAUGAAAAGGUUGAUUCAAAGAAUGCUUAAUGAUGAAUUUUCUAGGUUCAUUAGUGCAGAUUUAAAUAGAUCUCAGAAGGACCAGGAUGAAUUGCCAGACAAAGAUAAAGUAGUUUCUAUAGUAUCUGGAAUCCUAAGAUUAAAGGAAUUUGAUUUCUUAGAAAAUUUUAAAAUGGAAGCAAUGACUUCAAUUCAAACAACAAUUAAGCAAUGUGUUGUUGAAAUUAUUUCUGAGAGAGAGGGAAAUUCUGAAAUUGUAUUAAGAGGGUCUAAUACAGAUACAUGGCUUUUGUGUAAUGAAGGUAUUAUAUUUCUUCAAAAAGUAACUCCAAACAUAGUUAAUUUAUUUAGGAGGGUUAUGGCUAUUUGUGCUGUAAUUUUUGAUGUAAGCCAAAUGAGUGAUGUUACUGGUAAUGAUAAUGAAGAUACUUGGUCACCUAUUGAGAUUGCUACCUUAGAAGGAAGAGUAAAUAAAUUGAUUGCAUUAUUAUCGGAUUACAGCAACGAAAGAUGUGCCAAUCUUAUUGUGUCUAACACUGACAAAGAUUAUGUUUUUUCUGACCUAUCUCAGUUAUCAAAAUUAUCAGAGCUAAUUGACACAUUUUCUCAUCAAACUGAAGAAAUAUCAGGGCACAGCUGCAAUGCAAUGAAACUAGCCCUCAGAAGUUUUGCAGUUAAGUAUAUUCAAAAUUUACAUUUGCAAAGAAGAUCACAACUUACAACUGCCUUAAAUAAUGAAAGAUGGAAAAUAGCUGAUAUACCAUAUGAACUCCAAAGUGUGAUUACAACAAUUUGCAACCUGGGUAAGAUACCAAAUACUUUACACUAUGAUACUGGACAACCAGAUGGGAAAUUCUUAGUAAUCAAUAAAGAAAACUUUGCUGUUGUCGCUACUGUGCAACUGUUAAUAAAGAUAUUGUUAGAAUACUGUGAUGCAACAAGACAAUCUCCAGAUAUAGUUCAGUACUUAGUGCACUGUAUGAUAGAUUUAACAAGACUUUUUAACUCUCGGUGCUGUCAAUUAGUUUUAGGUGCUGGUGCAAUACAAAGUGCAGGUCUUAAAACUAUUACCACGUCAAAUUUAGCACUUGUAUCGCGAUCUUUGCAAGUAAUACUUUGGCUUCUACCACUAAUAGUACAGUUACUUGAAAAAUUGUCUCUAAAAGAAAUUUCUCUUAGUGGAUUUACUAGUAUUAUAAGUGACAUUGAAGGACAUAAGAGGGAAAUAGAAAACAAAAUUUCAUAUAUUGUAAGUAAUAUGCUCUGCUCUCAAUUGAUCGAUUGGGAUGCUAAGCCACCAGUCCCCUCUCAAACAUUCCGUAAAAUUUCAAAACAUUUAGUGAAACUCCAUGAAGCUUUAACUGAUAUAUUACCCCUGGAUCAAAUCCAAAAAAUUUAUAUGACAGUUCAUGAAAACUUUAAAGAUAAAUUAAGAGAGCAAUUGGCCAAGAUGAAUAUUGUUGCAAAUGGAAGUCCUCAACAUGGUAUAGUUACUUCUGAGUUGACAUUUUAUUUGCAAACUCUUAAAACUUUAAGGGUUAUCAAUGAAAAUGAUUCUGAGAAUAGUAUACUAUAUGACAUCUGGCUAAGCUGUGGAAAAGAAAAUUAA